CGGGCAUGGUAGCGUGCACCUGUAAUCCCAGCUACUCGGGAGGCUGAGGCAGGAGAAUGGCGUGAAUCUGGGAGGCGGAGCUUGCAGUGAGCCGAGAUCGCGCCACUGCACUCCAGUCUGGGGGACAGAGCGAGACUCCGUUUCAAAAAAAAAAAAAAAAGGAGCAGGCCUUAUUCUGCCCCAAACUGAAAGGAUGAAAUGACUUUACCCAGGAGAAGAUAACCAUCCUGCCCUCCAUUGCUACCCCCACAUACUGUCCGUGUCCUCAGGGGGUACUGUGAGUCUUGGGAUCUUCUCCGGGGUCCCCCACCUGCCUGUGGUAGUUAUGGAGGGACCCGGGGGUGGGGGUCAGGACUGGGGAGUCCCCUUCCAGCCAGGCUGUCCGAGGCCCUGAUUCUGGGGCAGAGGCAGUGGCAGAGCAGCCAGGGUUGCACCACAGCAUGAGCAGGGUCAGGGGUCAGGCAGGCCUGGGAGUCAGAGCAGGGGCAACAGCGGUGGACUAGCUAUGUACACAUCUUCUCCUCCAAGGUUUGUGUGCAGAACAUCCUGCCCACGCUGCCCCAGCAGCUUCAGGUGGCACCUGCCCCAGCCCAGCCUCUGGGACCCAGGCAGUGUCUCCCAGCGGCCCUGCACCCACCACCAGCAUCGGUUUCACCUGCAGUUGAAGAUCCGUGAGGUGCCCAGAAUGUCAUGCAGUUGUCACUGCCACCGAGCAGCCCGCGGGGCUGAGGCUCCUCUCAUUGGACCACCCCCGAAAUGGCACCACUGCUGCCCCUGCUCCGACUACCAGCCUCUCCGGACUCCUAGAGGCAGUGGCGAGGCAGUGGCGGGGCAGCCGGGGCAGCGCCAGAGCCCCAGCCAGGUGAGGUGUGGUCAGGACCCUCGCGGGGCUGGGAGUCCGGGCAGGGGCAGAACAAACCUUGGAGGGGAAGAUGUGUGCAUAGCAGGCCUGGAGGGCGGCUGUGUCUGGGGGAACUGGAAGAAGCCGUGGGCCUGGAAGAGCUGCAUGACCAGGGCCGACACUGUUCCAGGACUCGCGCACUGAGGAGGACAGCGCCUUCUCGGACUUCGGUUCCCUGAGCCCGUCCUCGGCUUGUCUGCCUGUACAGGCAGAGGGGAAGCUGUCCCCCUCUCACAUGGCGCACUUGGGAGUGUUGGGCUCCAGGCUGCAGCUGGAGCAUCUUCUCAUCUUGCAUUUGGGAGUGGUGAGGUCCUCGGGUGCGGGAUCCAGGUCCGUAGGGUUCCCUCUGCCCCGCCCGCCAAAGCCCAGUCAGUUUCUCCUCUGCAGGCCCAGCACCCCGGGUGGCUCAGCCCAGCUGCUGCCUAGGAAAGCCUUACUGUCGGGAGGGGCCACUAUGACUGAGGGGCCGCCUGGCUCCAGGUCGCCCACACUUUCAGGUCUCUUGUGCCAGAAGGUGGCAGGAUCCGUUGGGAGGAAUCAGGUGGCCUCGGAAGGUGUUGCUGGGCCCCCAGCCCCAGCGGGUAGGAGCCUUAGGGGGGCCUGCUCUGCUGCCCUGACCAGACUCCUGGGCCUUGAAGGCUCCUGGGCCCAGUUAGAAGGAGGUGAAUGCCAAGGUUGAGGAGGAAGCAUCCGAGUAUGUGGAGGAGCAGGACAGGGCAGGACCAUAGCCUUUGCCAAAAACUGCAGAUGGAUCAGGGGGGCCCUGGGGGCUCAGGAUCCAGCAAGGGGCGGCAGGGGAUAAAGGAGGAAGGGAUGACAGGUGCAAAUGCCUUCCCAUCAAAGUCCUUGUUGCCCUCUGGCUCCUUCCCAGAUCUGCCCCCACUCUCAGUCGGUCACCCACUCCUUGAACUUGAGAUCAGUGUCAGUGGUGCUGAAGCCAUCAUCAGCAAUGACAUCAUCACCCCUUCCUCUUCAUGGAUGACCAUGUGCUCUUGGUCACUCGCUAUGUCCUCACUGGCCACAUGCUGGGAAUAAACAGCUCAAGUGGGCAGCAGCAGGGCUGCCCACUGGUCACCUCCUUCACCAGGGACUGCAAAGUGGCCUGGAGCUCCAUACUGGGCAGAAGGCUUUGGGCCAGAUAUGAUGCAGCCCCAGACACCACCUGUGUCAGUUCCUGUAGUGCCUGACGGUCCACUUCCUUGCUGUCCAGGCUGUGUACUCCACUGUGGCAGAAGGCUCAGGCCAGGCUGAGCCAGAUUCCCUGACUGUGUGCAACUGUUCUGCCCCACAGAAGCUGCUCCUUGGUAUCCCAGCUCUGGAGUGUCUGGGCUGCAACUGACAGGAGCUCAGAGGACAUCCCAGGGGCAUUGGCAGUGCCUGUCUCUGACAUGCUCUGCUUCCAUGAGCCCUUGUGCCCUCCUGCCAGCCCCUGGCUUGUGGGCUUGGCCUCCGGGCUGGACUUCUUUCAGUCCUUGUUGCAAGUGGGCCACCUUCACCUGGGAGGUCAGGUCAUGGUACUUCUGCUUCUCAUUGGGCCCCAGGGUGUUCCACCACUCACCCAGGAUCUGGCUGAUGGUCCGGUUGUCCUGGUUGGGGUCAUGCUGGUGGGCCCCGCCAGGACUUGGUGCUGCUUGCUGAAGAUCAUGACCGCCACUUACGGGCCGCCGGAUGUGGUCUUUGUCCCAUUUGUUGGGGCUGCAUUCAUCCUUCUCAGAUGAGUCCAGGCAGACCACUGAGGGACUGGGUCUGACAUAUUCUGGGUGCUAGAGGCAACUGGGUGUCAGGAGACAUGACAGAGAGGAAAGCAUCUUCAUGGUCAUUCUCUGUGUCACUGUCCAGCAGGGGCUCCCCUGAGGGGCCCAGGACUCCUCCUCCAUGGUGGGAGGUGAGCUCUUACCAGGUUCAACCACCCCCAAAGUGUGUGGGGGUCCAAGCCCUGGGCUUUCAGGGCAGGUGGCUCCAGGAGGCCGCCCAGGGUGAGCACUCCCUGUCCCACCUGGUGGCCGCUCAUGAGCAACAGCUGCUGACUUGGCAGGUUCUUUUGUCUGGUUGGAGGCCACUGAGUGACUGGCAGGUUGCUGGGCCUCACGCGGCUACAGGGAGGGGUCAGGAAAGGGACAGAGUGCCAGGGGAACACGGCCACAGAGCAAGGUUCCAUGUUCCUCCACCUGAAGAUGCUGAUGCCACUGGAGGCCUUGCUAGACGCAGGCAUCAGGGGCCUGUGUGCCGAGUACUUGGUCCUGGCAGUGGGUUCCUGGCAGGCUCUCACACCUCCUCAGCCCCCUCCUCAACCAAGACAGCUUGGACCUACAGAAGGGAGGGUGGGAGGGGAGCAGGAGCCCAGGCCUUAAGUUUUUUUUUUUUUUUUUUUUUUUUUUUUUUUGAGAUGCAGUUUGGCCGGCUGGAGUGCAGUGGUGCAAUCUCAGCUCACUGAAUCCUCCACUUCCUGGAUUCAAGCGAUUCUCUGGCCUAAGCCUCCCAAGUCUAUGCACCUUUGCCGCUGAAUAUUGUAUAUUUUCUUAUGCUUUCAUGUGAUUAACUGGCAUUCUUUUUUUUUCUUUUUGAG